AAUCUACCUACCUACCUACCUACCUACCUACCUACCUACCUACCUACCUACCUACCUACCUACCUACCUACCUACCUACCUACCUACCUACCUACCUACCUACCUACCUACCUACCUACCUACCUACCUACCUACCUACCUACCUACCUACCUACCUACCUACCUACCUACCUACCUACCUACCUACCUACCUACCUACCUACCUACCUACCUACCUACCUACCUACCUACCUACCUACCUACCUACCUACCUACCUACCUACCUACCUACCUACCUACCUACCUACCUACCUACCUACCUACCUACCUACCUACCUACCUACCUACCUACCUACCUACCUACCUACCUACCUACCUACCUACCUACCUACCUACCUACCUACCUACAAUUAUUUUGAAUUCAACAAAUAUGUUCGGGUUAAUUACAAAUGCCUUCUGACUCAAACAUGGGGCCUGGUGAUUGGUGCUCUAUUCAAGCUGUCAUUCGUUUCUCCCGUUGAAUUCUUUCUCCAUUUAUCCAACAAACGUUGUGCCACUCAGAUAUUUAACUGA